CGGCGGCCUAGUGAAAACCCGGGAGUGACUGGAAGCGCAAGAUGGCGACGGCGGCCGCAACAUCGGCUACAGAACCCGAGACUGAGCCCAAGGCGGGGCCCAAGGCUGAGGGUGAGGAGGAUGAGACUAAGGCGGCUAAGACGAGAAGGAAGGUGUUAUCGCGGGCUGUGGCCGCUGCGACAUACAAGACCAUGGGGCCAGGGUGGGACCAGCAGGAGGAGGGCGUGAGUGAGAGCGAUGGAGAUGAGUAUGCCAUGGCUUCUUCAGCGGAGAGCUCCCCCGGCGAGUACGAGUGGGAGUACGACGAAGAGGAGGAAAAGAACCAGCUGGAGAUCGAGCGGCUGGAGGAGCAGCUGUCCAUCAAUGUCUAUGACUACAACUGCCACGUGGACCUCAUCCGGCUGCUGCGGCUGGAAGGGGAGCUCACCAAAGUGAGGAUGGCCCGCCAGAAGAUGAGUGAGAUCUUUCCCUUGACUGAAGAGCUCUGGCUGGAAUGGCUGCAUGACGAGAUCAGCAUGGCCCUGGAUGGUCUGGACAGAGAGCACGUGUACGACCUGUUCGAGAAAGCCGUGAAGGAUUACAUUUGUCCAAACAUUUGGCUGGAGUAUGGCCAAUACUCAGUCGGCGGGAUCGGUCAGAAAGGUGGCCUGGAGAAAGUCCGCUCUGUGUUUGAAAGGGCUCUCUCAUCUGUCGGUUUACAUAUGACCAAGGGCCUGCCCAUCUGGGAGGCUUAUCGGGAGUUUGAAAGUGCGAUUGUGGAAGCUGCCCGGCCCAUAGCUGGCUUCCUUUCCCCUUUUGACCGGGAACAAACCUUUGAUUCACAGCUGGAGAAAGUGCACAGCCUCUUCCGGCGACAGCUGGCGAUCCCACUCUAUGAUAUGGAGGCAACAUUUGCAGAGUAUGAAGAAUGGUCUGAAGACCCGAUACCAGAGUCGGUAAUUCAGAACUAUAACAAAGCACUACAGCAGUUGGAGAAAUAUAAACCCUAUGAAGAAGCACUGUUGGAAGCAGAGGCACCCCGGCUGGCCGAAUAUCAAGCGUACAUCGAUUUUGAGAUGAAGAUGGGUGAUCCCGCUCGCAUUCAGUUGAUCUUUGAGCGCGCUCUGGUCGAGAACUGCCUUGUCCCAGACUUAUGGAUCCGCUACAGUCAGUACCUAGAUCGGCAGCUGAAAGUAAAGGAUUUGGUCUUAUCUGUACAUAAUCGUGCUGUUAGAAACUGCCCCUGGACGGUUGCCCUGUGGAGUCGGUACCUCUUAGCUAUGGAAAGACAUGGAGUCGAUCAUCAAGUGAUUUCUGUGACUUUCGAGAAAGCUUUGAGUGCUGGCUUCAUUCAGGCCACCGACUAUGUGGAGAUUUGGCAGGCGUACCUUGAUUACCUGAGGAGAAGGGUUGAUUUCAAACAAGACUCCAGUAAAGAGCUGGAAGAGUUGAGGUCCGCGUUCACUCGCGCUUUGGAGUAUCUGAAACAGGAGGUGGAAGAACGUUUCAAUGAGAGCGGGGAUCCAAGCUGCACGAUCAUGCAGAACUGGGCUAGAAUUGAGGCUCGGCUGUGUAAUAAUAUGCAGAAAGCUCGGGAACUCUGGGAUAGCAUCAUGACUAAAGGCAACGCCAAGUAUGCCAACAUGUGGCUUGAAUAUUACAACCUGGAAAGGGCACACGGGGACACCCAGCACUGCAGGAAGGCCCUGCACCGGGCCGUCCAGUGCACAAGCGACUACCCGGAGCACGUCUGUGAAGUGCUGCUCACCAUGGAGCGGACGGAAGGUACUUUAGAAGAUUGGGAUAUAGCUGUUCAGAAAACAGAAACUCGAUUAGCUCGUGUUAAUGAGCAGAGAAUGAAGGCAGCGGAGAAGGAAGCUGCUCUCACCCAGCAAGAAGAAGAAAAGGCUGAGUACCGGAAGAGGGCCCGGGCCGAGAAGAAAGCGCAGAAAAAGAAGAAAAAGACCAGAGGCGCAGACAAGCGCAAAGCCGAUGAGGACGAUGAGAAGGAGUGGGGCGAUGAUGAAGAAGAGCCUGCUUCCAAGCGCAGAAGGGUUGAGAACAGCGUCCCUCCAGCUGGAGAGGCACAAGACCUGGAGGCGGAAAUAGGCCUCUUUGGGAAAAGCGCGCCUGUAGACGUUGAGCCCCCCUCAAAGCAGAAGGAGAGGGCGGCCGCCAUGAAGAGGGACGUGCCCAGGGUGCUGCACGACAGCAGCAAGGACAGCGUCACCGUCUUUGUCAGCAACCUGCCCUACAGCAUGGAGGAGCCGGACGUGAAGCUCCGGCCACUCUUUGAGGCCUGUGGGGAAGUGGUCGAGAUCCGCCCCAUCUUCAGCAACCGGGGCGACUUCCGGGGCUACUGCUAUGUGGAGUUUAAAGAAGAGAAGUCGGCCAUACAGGCACUGCAGUUGGACCGGAAGAAUGUAGAAGGGAGGCCGAUGUUUGUUUCCCCCUGUGUGGAUAAGAGCAAAAAUCCCGAUUUUAAGGUGUUCAGGUACAGCACUGCGCUGGAGAAACACAAGCUCUUUAUCUCGGGUCUGCCUUUUUCCUGCACAAAAGAGGAACUCGAAGAGAUCUGUAAGGCUCAUGGCACCGUGAGGGACAUCAGGCUGGUUACCAACCGGGCUGGCAAACCAAAGGGCCUCGCCUACGUGGAGUAUGAGAACGAGUCCCAGGCAUCGCAGGCUGUCAUGAAGAUGGACGGCAUGACUAUCAAAGAGAACACCAUCAAAGUGGCCAUCAGCAAUCCCCCUCAGAGGAAGGCUGCAGAGAAGCCCGAAGCGAAAGGACCAGGUGGCCCCAUGGUGCCGCGGCAGAUAUAUGGAGCGCGGGGGAGGGGAAGGACCCAGCUUUCUCUGCUGCCUCGCGCCCUGCAACGCCCAAGCACUGCAGUAGCUCAGGCUGAGAACGGGCCUGCCCCGAAGCCAGAAGUCACCACCUCAACAGUCACGGAGGCUCCCAAGAUGUCCAACGCUGAUUUUGCCAAGUUGCUUCUGAGAAAGUGAACGGGACUCAGAAGGGAAAUGCCUUACUUCAUGCUGGCCAGGAAGACCACCAGUCACCCAGCUGUACCCUGGGUAUGGAAGCGCCUGCACCCACGUAGUUUCCUCUGGGUUAGACAAAGGGAAGCAGUGUCCAAGGAAGGAGGCUGUACGUGCUCCCUCAUAUUGAGGGCGACAGGAGGAAAGCAAUCACUCCAUAGGCUGGGCACAGGGUGUAGUUCCUAAGAUUUUGUUUGUUUGUUUUUUUGUCUUGAAGAGUUAGAAACGGAAGUGAAACUUGAACACAUCGUUUUGAGACCCACUUGUCCAAAUGUUUUUGGCCAACUCUGGCCCCUUUUUUAUAAGACACUUCUUGUACACUCUGCAUAGCGCAUGUGCCCCUCACUCUUUUAAUUUUUAAAAGACAAAGUGGCAGAUGCUAGUAACUCACCAGAAUGGCCUAUUUUAGUAAAGGGGUGGGGAAUAGGAGACGUCACCUAAAAAAUAUUGGAUGGGUUUUUGUUGAAGGGGCUGUGUUUUUUUUUUAUAUUAUGUAUUUGUAAAUGACAUGUCAACCCACUGUUUUAUGUUUCCUAAAAGCAAAAUAUUUGUGACAUUUGUUUUAUAUAGGAAUUCUGUGUGCCAUCUGCUGUGGACCAUUUUCUUUGCCUAGUCAAUAGUGGACUGUGUUGUCUAAAUAUUGAGUUCCAGCCCUUUAGUUUUGUUUAAAUAUCACGUCAAGUGCAAACUUAAAUCUUCCCCAUUUAGCUUUGUUUAUUAAACUGAAGAUCUCUUAAAAACUUCUUGAGGAAUGGUACUUAGCUGUGCAUUCAAAUACAGAUGUAUUUUGAAAUGGGUGUACCUUGCUUUACCUAAUAGAUAUGUAAAUAGACCUUUUGUAAGUCAAA